GCCGUAACAAAAAUCCAGUAUGGCGGAAUCUGCCAGGAGAUGAAAUUGUCGUCCAUUCUUUCUCCUGUGCCGGGAAGAAGCUGUAAGGGGAACAUGGAGGAGAACUGGGAGUGUGGCGGAACACGCUGUCGCCCUGCAGCAGGGCUGCUGCCUGGCCCUGAAGCUUGACAGAGCCCUGAUCAGAACCAAACACAAAGGCUCAUGGGGAUUGGCUGCUGCUCCAUCUGGAUAUCUGCUUCCUGUUUCCAGCUGUGAGAGACACUUUGGAGGCCGUCUUUACACUGCAUGUUGAAUCCGUCUCCAGACACUCGCAGACAUCUACCAUUUUGGCAGGAUAGCAGUCUCACUAGCUGGUCAACCACAUCUGCACACUCCCACGCGCCAAGGGCCCGUCUGAGCUGCUGGGUCGCACACACCGGCCAGCGAUGACAUCACACAGUCACCCAGAGGGAAUCCUGGGAAAGGAGCAGCCGCUGGAGGUGCUGAAGACGUCGGUGCUCAACCACAUCCCAACAGUCGACAUCAACUCAGCACUGCCCCUGCGUCUCCCUCCGGCUGCCAUCCCAAUGGACCUGCGAGUGGACCACCAGCAGCAGCAGCAGGUGUCUCCGCUGUCUCCCUCCAAUGAGCAUUCUCCCGGCUCUGUGGGAGGCACGGGUGGAGGGGGCGUGGUCUCCGCUCCUCUGCGCGAACAACAGCUACAGCAGGAGUUGCUUACCCUGAAGCAGAAGCAGCAGAUCCAGCGUCAGAUACUCAUCGCAGAGUUUCAGAGGCAGCACGAGCAGCUGUCCCGCCAGCAUGAGGCCCAGCUCCAGGAACACAUUAAGCAGCAACAAGAGCUUCUGGCUCUGAAGCAUCAGCAGGAACUGCUGGAGCAUCAGAGAAAGAUGGAGAACCACCGGCUGGAGCAGGAGCUGGAGAAGCAGCAGCGGGAGCAGAAGCUGCAGCUACUCAAGAACAAGGAGAGAGGACAGGAGAGUGCUGUUGCCAGCACAGAAGUGAAGAUGCGUCUACAGGAAUUUGUCCUAAACAAGAAAAAGGCUCUGGCCCAGCGUAGUCUUAAUCAGGGAGGCCCCCACAACGAUGCCCCCUACUGGUACAGGAAAACCCAGCACAGCUCUCUGGACCAGAGCUCCCCUCCACAGACAGGUGUGUCAGCCUAUAACCACCCGGUGCUUGGCGUCUACAAUCCUCGAGACGACUUCCCACUUCGAAAGACGGCAUCUGAACCCAACCUGAAGCUGCGCUCCAGGCUGAAGCAGAAGGUGAGCGAGCGCAGGAGCAGUCCACUUCUGCGGCGGAGGGACAGUCCCAUCACCUCAGCCAAGAAACGCUCCCUCGACAUGGCAGACUCUGCAUGUAAUAGUGCCCCUGGCUCAGGCCCCAGCUCCCCCAACAACAGCUCCAACAACAUUCCCAAAGAGAAUGGCAUUGCGGUAUCAGUCUGCAACAGCACAGAGGCGUCGAUGGCCCAGCGGCUGUGUGGCGGAGCUGAACGAGGCUCCAUGAACCAGCUGUCCCUCUACACAUCGCCGUCCCUGCCCAACAUCACGCUGGGUCUGCCAGCCACAGCAACAGCGACAGCAGCUUCCAGCGUGACUUCCGCUCAGCAGGACGGAGGUCUGCAGCCAGCGCUCUCUCUAAGCCCCCCGUUCCUCUCUGGAGGACAUUUGACUCCCUUUCUGGCUGAGUCCAGCACAGGAACUGGUGGGCAUAGUGGUCACAGUCCUCUCCUCCAGCACAUGGUGCUCAUGGAGCAAAGUCCUGCGCAGAGCCCCCUGGUGACAGGUGUCGGCAGUCUGACCAUGUCGUCAUCAGCCUCAUUGGCCAAAUUGCAGCGGCAACACCGGCCCCUGGGACGGACCCAGUCGGCACCUCUGCCUCAGGGCAGUGCAGCCCAGGCCCACGCCCAGGCGCUGGCCCUGCAGCAGCUGGUGGUCCAGCAGCAGCACCAGCAGUUCCUGGAGAAGCACAAGCAGCAGUUCCAGCAGCAGCAGCUUCACAUCAACAAGAUGAUGGCCAAGCCCAGUGAGUCGCCAGUGGGACGCCAACACCAGAGCCACCCAGAGGAGACGGAGGAGGAGCUGAGGGAGCACCAAGACGCUGCCGCUCUGCCACCAGGGGUCACCAUUAAGCAGGAGCCCCCCGACAUGCAGGAACUGCAGGAUGAGACGUUGGUUCAGCACCGGGAGAGACAGACGGAGCAGGAACUUCUCUUCAGACAGCAGGCCUUGCUGCUAGAGCAGCAGCGGAUUCACCAGUUGAGGAACUAUCAGGCCUCCAUGGAAGCAGCUGGGUUGUCCAUCUCCUUCCCAGGUCACCGUCCGUUGUCCAGAGCUCAGUCAUCGCCGGCCUCUGCCUCCUCCUUCCCAAUUAGUGUCCCCUCUCCUGACCCGGCCAUCAAGCCUCGAUUCACCACAGGUCUGGUGUACGACUCCCUGAUGCAGAAGCACCAGUGCAUGUGUGGCAACACCAAUAGCCACCCAGAGCAUGCAGGGCGCAUCCAGAGCAUCUGGUCCAGACUGCAGGAGACUGGACUGCGAGCUCAGUGCGAGUGCAUUCGGGGGAGGAAAGCCACUCUGGAGGAGCUGCAGACGGUUCACUCGGAGGCCCAUGUUCUGCUGUAUGGAACCAACCCUCUCCGACAGAAGCUUGAUUGUACAAUCACACCAAUGUUUGUGCGGCUGCCGUGCGGAGGAGUUGGGGUGGACAGCGACACCAUCUGGAAUGAGGUCCACUCCUCCAGCGCUGCUCGGCUGGCUGUGGGCUCAGUGGUGGAGCUGGUGUUUAAAGUGGCGACUGGAGAGCUGAAGAACGGCUUUGCUGUGGUCAGACCUCCUGGACACCACGCAGAAGAAAGCACUCCGAUGGGCUUCUGCUACUUCAACUCGGUGGCCAUCGCUGCCAAACUGUUGCAGCAGCGACUCAGUAUCAACAAGAUCCUCAUUGUGGACUGGGACGUUCACCAUGGCAACGGCACCCAGCAGGCCUUCUACGAUGACCCCAACGUUCUUUAUGUCUCGAUCCAUCGCUACGAUGACGGAAACUUCUUCCCUGGCAGUGGUGCCCCAGACGAGGUGGGCAGCGGUCCGGGAGUGGGCUUCAACGUCAAUGUGGCCUUUACAGGCGGUCUAGACCCCCCAAUGGGAGAUGUUGAGUAUCUGGCAGCCUUCAGGUCGGUUGUGAUGCCAAUUGCCAAUGAGUUUGCCCCAGACCUUGUGCUGGUCUCCUCUGGCUUUGACGCGGUAGAGGGGCACCCCCCUCCUCUGGGAGGCUACGUCCUGACGUCCAAAUGUUUGGGUUACCUGACCAGGCAGCUGAUGACGCUUGCUGGAGGGAGGGUGGUCCUUGCUCUGGAGGGGGGUCACGACCUCACUGCCAUUUGUGAUGCCUCUGAGGCCUGUGUCGCCGCCCUGCUGGGCCAGGAGCUGGACCCGCUUCCCAAGUCGGUUCUAGAACUGAGGCCCAACCCAAAUGCUGUCCGAUCUCUAGAGAAGGUUCUGGAAACCCACAGCAAGUAUUGGCGCUCUGUGCACCGCAGCUCACCACAACUGGGCCUGUCCCUGCUGGAGUCCAAGCGAGGGGACUCUGAAGAGGCCGAGGCAGUCAGCGCCAUGGCGUCACUCUCAGUGGCCAACAGCAGCGCCAUGGAGCACAGCCGGGCAGAAGAGGAGCCGAUGGAGGAAGAGGAGCCACUGUAACAAAGGGAAACGUGCCGCUGCCCUUUGACCUCAAAGGAGAUUGUCUCUUUGAGCUGUGAAGAGUCUGGACUGAUUUCUUCAUUUAGUCCCCCAGAGCCCACUCAUGUCAGUCACCUUGACUGGCGGCAGUACGGGGGGCAGGGGGCGGGCUCAGCCUCAGAGGAGGGAGCCCAUCAGGAGACGGAGGACUGAACUGGCAAUUUCAACAUACAAGAGUUUCGUGGCGCCAGCCGUUCGGAGACUCUUUUUUUUCUGUCAGUCUUUGCACCCCCAGGUCUGCCCACGACCAGUCGGCGGGCAGGUGCGUUGGCAGGAGCGUGGUUCAGCUCUGUCGCUGAGAAACACUUGGUGCUUCACACACACGGACACCAGUGGCAGUUGAGGCCCCAGCUGGCGACCACAGCUCUUUCUCUUUAACUUUUGUUUCUUGACGACACAAGGCUUUUGCUGAGACGUGCGAACACUGUGGACGCCGCAAGGCCACGUGGACGCCCGUGUACGGACGCUCGCUUGACCAGCCCGACGUGUGUGGGUGGAGUGCCUUGGGGAGGGUCGCUGGUUAUUAGGAUUGUUCUGGAAAGAUUGCCUUAAGUCACAAAGAUGGAUGAUGAAACAGUCGUUCAGCAUGUUUACUCGAACGUGGAUGUUCUCAAGAGUUACUCUACUUUUCGAUGGAUCUAUUUUUCUGUACAAAUCUAACUUUGUGAAGGUAGUUGCCAGCCGCAGCAGGACAGGAAGUUGGAGUGGGACGCUCCAAAGCCUUUGAUGUAGCCGCCCUUUAUCCCAAAACAAACAGCGCAUGUGACGGAGCCGCCGGCCUGGGCCCUGAAUGUUAGCCGCACUAGAAACGCAGAGCGAGAAAAGCCAAAGCAUGUUUGCAUCCACCGACAUGUUUCGUUCCGGAGUCGACCGGGUCACGUGACCGGUUGCUUCCCCGUUGAUUUGCUGGUUGGCAACUACCUGGAUCAUGAGAGUGUAAAUUGAAUUCUAUAUUUUGUAGUUUCAGUUCCAUCAGGGUUGACACUAUUUACGCUUUUUUUGAUGUUUUCAGUUUUGCUGCCGUUUCCCCCAGCCCAUCAAUAAUACACUAGUUGGGUGUUUUAUAUCCAUUUUCUGGAUAGUUCUAGGGCUGCCAACCCCAUACCUGGCAUUUCUACUCCCACCGCCCUUCCUCCCUGAGAGCUGCAGGUCUUCAUCACUCCUGUGCUCAGUGUGAGUGCUGGUGCAUCAUCUGAUGCUCUGCAGAGUCCAGUCAUCCCAUCCGACCGACUCUCGGGGGGUAAAUUGAAUCACUCUGUUGCCUAAUCAAUGUGCAUUCCUCUGGUGCAACCUUUCAACUGUGACUCCCGACACGUCUGCGGCUCAAGAGGUCGACGGGGACGGGCUUCUGUGUCACCACCCGCUCCUUUCUGUUUUGAAUAUCCAACCGUUUUGUCUCACGAAAACAUUCCAUGGCUUUCCUUUGGUUUAAACUUUACUACUAGGACUUCGCUUCCUUUCUCUCCGUCUGCUCGCGUUUAACUCUUUGCAUGGUUCGUGAGUCCGCAUGCCUGCUCGUGUACGUGACAAAAAAAUGUAUUUGCACAAAAGAAGGAGAACACUGGAGGCUCCCGCAGCCGCCCGGAGCCCGGACGCAUUUCUUCCUCUCUGCUGUGCGAACACUUGACAGACUUUGCCCACACGGCUGAGAAACAUUUGAUAUUGUUCUUAUUGAAUAUCGUUUCCAGUAGGUGAUUUUACCGUGACUCAGCACUUCAAGACUGUGUUUGAAGGGACUCCGGCUCUGCCAAACAUCUGCAUAAUCACACACUCCCAAAGAAUGUUCCUCUAUCAAAGAGUUUUGUGAUUUUUGGUGGAAGCAGGUUUGAAAAAAACAACAAAAAAACAAGGGCAGGGGACUGUGGCAGCACCUUGGCCAGUUCUCGAUAUAACCACUGUGGCUCCAGAGCAAGACUUGGUUUACAUGUAAAUGAGAAAAAAAAGUUAUUUUUUUCUUUGUCUCUAUUGAUGAAAAAUGUUCUUUCAUUUGGGACCUACGCUUUGGACAUUUCAUCUGCGCCAUCCUCUAUAAAAUCUAUUUCUUAAAACUACAA